UCUCCUCCUCCUUCUCUCCUCUCAUCCUCUUUCCUUUCAGGAGUCUCGUACUCUCCCUGUCUUGUCGCUUCUUUGUCACUUGCUACAUUUCCUGUAGUCAAGUUCGUUGGGGCUGAUUUCUAUCUCCCUCUCGUUCCUUCGGAAAAGUUCUUGUUUCUAUAUUGGUUCCUGACUUUUCAUCCCUGCUCCAACCUCUUCGCCUUCCCCUCUUCGCCUCUGAAUUUACUUCACAAUGGUCAAGGAAACCAAGUUCUACGAUACCCUGGGGGUUCCCCCGACGGCCACCGAGGCCCAACUCAAGACCGCCUACAAGAAGGGUGCCCUGAAGUACCACCCUGACAAGAACACCAACAACCCCGAGGCGGCUGAGAAGUUCAAGGAGCUGUCCCACGCUUACGAGACCCUGUCCGACCCCCAGAAGCGUUCCCUCUACGACCAGCUCGGUGAGGAGGGUCUGGAGCAUGGCGGCGCUGGCGGUGGAAUGGGCGCCGAGGACCUCUUCGCCCAGUUCUUCGGCGGCGGCGGCGGUGGCUUCGGCGGCAUGUUCGGCGGCGGCAUGCGCGAGCAGGGUCCCAAGAAGGCCCGCACCAUCCACCACGUCCACAAGGUCAACCUGGAGGACAUCUACCGCGGUAAGGUCUCGAAGCUGGCUCUGCAGAAGUCGGUUAUCUGCUCGGGAUGUGAUGGCCGCGGUGGCAAGGAGGGCGCCGUCAAGUCGUGUACCGGCUGCAAUGGUUCCGGUAUGAAGACCAUGAUGCGCCAGAUGGGUCCCAUGAUCCAGCGUUUCCAGACCGUCUGCCCCGACUGUAACGGUGAGGGUGAGAUCAUCCGUGAGCGUGACCGCUGCAAGAAGUGCAGCGGCAAGAAGACCAUCGUCGAGCGCAAGGUCCUCCACGUCCACGUCGACCGCGGUGUCAAGAACGGCCACAAGGUCGAGUUCCGCGGCGAGGGUGACCAGAUGCCCGGUGUCAUGCCCGGAGACGUCGUUUUCGAGAUCGAGCAGAAGCCCCACGACCGCUUCCAGCGCAAGGACGACGAUCUCUUCUACCAGGCCGAGAUCGACUUGCUCACUGCCCUUGGCGGUGGUACCAUCAACAUUGAGCACCUCGACGACCGGUGGUUGACCGUCAACAUCGCCCCCGGCGAGGUUAUCACUCCUGGUGCCAUCAAGGUUAUCAAGGGCCAGGGUAUGCCUUCCUACCGCCACCACGACUUCGGCAACCUGUACAUCCAGUUCGACGUCAAGUUCCCCGAGAAGGACCAGCUCAAGAACCUCGAGUUGCUCGAGCAGGUCCUGCCCACCCGUCUGGAGCAGCCCCAACCCCCGACCGACAGCAUGGUCGAGGACUUCGAGCUGGAGGACAUCGACGGCAGCGAGGGCUCCCAGGCCCGCGCCCACGGUGCCGCCAACGCCAUGGACGAGGAUGACGACGACGUUCCUCCCGGUGCCGAGCGUGUGCAGUGCGCGUCGCAGUAAACGGGGGUAAUGAGAGAAGUGGUUGUGAUGUGACGACGUGCUGGGGCUUGACGAAAUUCGCUUUUGAUACCAUGUGAGGGGGUUUCG